UCGCUAUCGGCGCUUAACUACGGUGGCCUGUUUGUUUGAAUGUCUCCACUGUUGGCUUUGCGAACGCUUGAAUCUGACGGUGUGUUCGGAAAACGGUUCUGUUAAAGAACGACGAAAGAGUGAAGGCGCUCCCGCUGUAGGAAGCGGCCGCCCUGCUCCCCGUCGUUUAGAAUUCGUUCAACUCGAUGCUUUGAGUUCCACGGCGUCAGGAGAAAGUCGGCAGCAGGGGCGCGCAGAGGAAGGAGCCUUGUACUGAAGGAGUCUGCAUGGCCUGGACUUGAAGUUGGCUUGGAAAUUGUCUUUUUGCUAUGAAGGUUAACCACCAGAAAAACUCUGUGCGGAUCCUGUCUGGAAGGGAGCGUGGUGCUCAAGGGUUUGGGUCACAUCGCCUCCUGCAGCAGCUUGUGGAGGAUAAAACCCGCUGGAUGAAAUGGGAAAGCCGAAAAGUGGAGCUGCCAGACUGCCCUCGAUCGACCUUCCUUCUGGCAUUUAGCCCUGACAGAGCCCUGCUGGCAUCCACACAUGUCAAUCACAACAUCUACAUCACUGAAGUUAAGACUGGCAAGUGCAUCCACUCCUUGGUAGGCCAUCGACGCACACCCUGGUGUGUGACCUUCCAUCCCACGAUUCCAGGUCUUGUGGCGUCUGGAUGUCUGGAUGGGGAAGUUCGCAUCUGGGAUUUGCAUGGAGGCAGUGAGAGCUGGUUCACUGAAAGCAAUGUGGCCAUUGCAUCAUUGGCCUUCCAUCCCACUGCACAGCUGCUUUUGAUUGCAACAAACAAUGAAAUUCAUUUCUGGGACUGGAGUCGCAGAGAGCCUUUUGCAGUGGUGAAAACUGCAAGUGACAUGGAGCGUGUGAGGUUGGUAAGGUUUGAUCCACUUGGACAUAGUCUGCUUACAGCCAUUGUCAACCCUUCUAACCAGCAGAAUGAAGAUGAUUCAGAGAUUCCUAUGGAGAGUGUGGAGAUACCCCACUAUCGCCAACGUUCCUUUCUGCCCUCUCAGCCAGUGCGUCGUACUCCUCUCUUGCACAAUUUUCUGCACAUGCUGUCUUCAAGAAGCUCCGCAACUCAGGCAGGGGAACAGAACCAAAGUGAUGAUGGACCCACUCCUGUGGAUCUGCCUGUUUCAGAUAGUGGCCGUUAUACUUCUUCUGUUAGGAACCUGCCCCCACACCAAGGCUGUGUGCAGCACCUUGGCAUGGUCUGUUUCUGUAGCCACUGCUCUGUGGUACGUCCAUCGUCUUCCUCUCCUCUUCCGAAUGAGGAGGUUCCUGCCUCAGCUUCUGCAGACCUCCCUGCUGCCUCCACUUUCUCCUCUGCUCGGACAGAACCUCGACAAGAUCAGCGAAACAGUGAUAGACCUUCAGCUUUUAGCAGUGUGCAUAGCAGCUCAGCUGGUAACACUUUAAGGAACCUUUCUACUGCACCUGGCCGUAGGGGUCUUACUGGACUUAUGACAAGCCCACCUUUAGUGCACCAGCAAUUGAACACAGACACUUCUAGUCGGCUUGCAAGUACUGAUUGGACAGGAAGCAUGCUGAACAUUCGCACAGAAUCAGUACCUCCACCUAGAACUAGUGCCUCUUCAGUCAGCCUGCUGUCUGUUUUGAGGCAGCAGGAGGGCAGCUCUCAGUCUCCUGUGUACACGUCUGCAACAGAAGCUCGGGGAUUUCAGGGUCCCAGCAGUACUGGCCCUACAGCUCAUGGCAGCCAGCAUCCUCUAGGAGAGGUCAAUCAGUGUGGUCAGGUGCCCAUGCAUAAUGUUCUCCAGUGUAACCUGAGCCGCUAUUUCAUUGAGUAUGAUCACAUGCAGCACAUUGAUCAUAGUGCAAAUAGUGAAUCUAGCCAGUCCCAGCAAACCCAGGAGCUUCUUAACAAUAAUAUAGAUCCUGAUCGGCCAGGCCCUUCUCACUAUCAGCCUCCUCACAGUAGUGACAAUAACUCUGGCAUGAUUAGGGGGCAUGUGAACCGCUGCAGGGCCUGCCAUAACUUGCUUACUUUCAACCCAGACACACAACGAUGGGAAAGGACUGGCCAGGAGCCCCCUUCUACUGCUGAAGAGAACACUUCGCUUCAAGCACCUAAUCAGGCAUUUGAGAAUUUAAUGGGACAGGGACAAUCUGCUGAUAGGAGAAGCUUUGAAGGAAAUGUUGGAGUCACUGGGGGAGAAAGCAACUUCUCUAGACCGGGUCCUACCAAUCUGCAGGCAGAACAGACUGUUGGGCUAGUGUAUAAUCAAGAAACUGGGCAGUGGGAACGUGUGUUUGGGCAGUCGGCCACAGGCCGUAGUGGAAAUGUAACACAAGAGGCCUUAAACCAAGAAAUGCCUGAAGAAAGCUCUGAUGAAGAUUCUCUGAGGAGGAGGCUGUUAGAGUCUUCACUCAUGUCUUUCUCUCGACAUGACAUACCCGGAUCCCGUGACCACCCCAUUUAUCCUGACCCUGCAAGACUCUCUCCUGCUGCCUAUUAUGCCCAACGUAUGAUCCAGUACCUAUCGCGACGUGACAACAUUCGCCAACGCUCCCUACGCUACCAGCAGAACAGGCUGCGGCCAUCUUCUGAGAGUCCUGCCAGUAACACUAAUAAUCAAUCUGUGGAAAACAAUGAAGUGGACUUUGAGGAAUUUGAGGACAAUGGGGAUCGAACCAGACACAGAAUACCCCGCAAUGCCAGGAUGACUGCUCCUUCACUGGGGCGAUUUGCCCCUCGGCGCUUCCUUUUACCAGAGUACCUGCCAUAUGCUGGUAUUUUCCAUGAAAGAGGUCAGCCUGGUUUAGCAACGCACUCAUCAGUGAAUAGGGUCCUUGCAGGUGCUGUAAUAGGAGAUGGGCAAUCUGCUGUGGCCAGUAACAUUGCCAAUACGACCUACCGCCUGCAGUGGUGGGACUUUACAAAGUUUGACUUGCCAGAAAUCAGUAAUGCCUUUAUCAACGUUUUGGUUCCAAACUGUAAGAUUUACAACGACGCAAGCUGUGACAUCUCUGCUGAUGGGCAGCUCCUGGCUGUUUUUAUUCCUAGCAGCCAAAGGGGUUUCCCAGAUGAAGGCAUCUUGGCUGUGUAUUCACUGGCACCACACAAUCUGGGAGAAAUGCUGUACACCAAGAGAUUCGGUCCCAAUGCAAUUUCUGUUAGUUUGUCUCCAAUGGGCCGCUAUGUGAUGGUGGGUCUGGCAUCUCGUAGGAUCCUUUUGCAGCCAACCACAGAGCACAUGGUGGCCCAGGUGUUCCGGUUACAUCAGCCACAUGGUGGAGAGACUUCAAUGAGAAGAGUGUUCAACGUUCUUUACCCCAUGCCAGCAGACCAAAGGCGGCAUGUUAGCAUCAACUCUGCUCGAUGGCUGCCAGAGCCAGGUUUGGGCUUGGCUUAUGGAACCAACAAGGGAGAUCUUGUGAUAUGCCGGCCUGUAGCAUCAAAUUCUGGGGCCGAGUACUUCUGGGAUCAGCUGAAUGAAGCAAUUUUCACAGUAAAUAACAAUAGCUCGAACCGCACCACAGAGAGACCAGGUACCAGUCGUACUUCUUGGAGGGAUAGAGACAUGGGUCUGAUGAAUGCUAUUGGUCUUCAGCCACGGCAUCCUGCUCCUUCAGUAACCUCACAGGGUACUCAAACACCCAUUCUGCAGCUUCAGAAUGCGGAGACACAGACGGAUCGGGAGCUUGCAGCACCGAGCACUUCACGAGCUACAGAAGAGGAGGGCUCAGAAUUCAGCUCAGGAGAGGAUGCACUAUCCCGAAUCCGUCGCCUGAUUGCAGAAGGUGGCAUGACAGCAGUUGUGCAGAGGGAACAGAGCACCACUAUGGCAUCUAUGGGAGGUUUUGGCAACAACAUCAUCGUGAGUCACAGGAUUCAUCGCGGCUCACAAACUGGAACUGAUUCAGCAGGAGCUAGGCCAACGGGAGAUUCGUCUCCACCUCCCACCCCUGCACCUUCUGGUGAUCCAGGCAGUAGCCGAUGCAGAGUUCUUUCUCAUACCUUGUCAUUGACUAGUCAGCCUGGGGAACCUCAGAAUGUCCUUCCUGAACCUAGCGAGCAACCGCCCCCUUUGCAAUUCGCUGCUGCUUUCUCUUCUGAGGGAGCAGGUCCCUCUGGUGCUGGGGGAGGGCAUCCCACGGACAUGGAUGAUGUUUUUGAGAACAACCACACAGAGAGUGAGACCGUUGACUCCUCAACUCUCAGUAGCAGCAGCAGCUAUCUAGGGGACCCAUACAGUCGGUAAAGCUGUGCAGAGAGUGAGCCAAAAGGCUGGCACCCAGCAGGAAGAGGUCUGUGUGCACAGCAUCACCUGUGUAACCUGUCUUAGUUUUUGCUUACAGCCAUGAGGAGAGGGUAACGUGAUCAUUCCAGUUUAACAAAAGGCAGCUGUGAGUAGAACUGGUGUUGUUUGGUACCUGGGUUCUGACAGGGUGUUGUCAGUACUGCUUUUUGCUCCCUGCUAUCUGCCUCCAUGCACAAUCUGAUGGACUCUUCAUGAUUAACGUCUGCUUAUUUCCAUUUUAGGGAGAAUUAAGUUGAAAGAAGCCUUUGAUGGUCAUGCCCCCAAUUGCCUAAGCAUUCGAACACUAAUUUAUCUCCUUGUGGUGCAGCAGAACAAACUGAUUGCCUCAGUCUUGUUCCCGACUUGCUACUCCUCAAGCUCCCCCUUCAUAACAGUAGUUAAAAGUAAUGAUACACAGACGCUUAUAUAAAUAUGCAGCUCCCCUAAGCUUCAGAUGGUGCUGAAAGAGUACUUUGGGCAUCUGCUCUGAGCAGGUUGUGAGAAUUCCAAGUUCAACUGAUUCUCCUGUGCCUUCUGCAGGACCUGUUUCUUUCUUUCUUUUUUUUUUUAUAAGAGAGCUUUUUGGAUGUGAACUAGAGGCCAGCAGUGGAGCUACACUUAUGAUCUAGCUUUGGCUGUUUACCCAUUACUGCGGUGGAGACUUGCUCUUCAUAUCCACAUUGUUACCCGCAUACCAUUGUGUGGCCUGCGCUGUGUCACUUUGUAAAUGGAUUUGCACAAGACUGUGACUUGAAUCUGUGGAACCACUUGGCAAUCAUGGCACUUGACCGCCACUCCUGCAGUCGAGUCUGCGUGUGUGCCCCCCACCCCUUAAUACACAAACUCCCGAGUGCACGAGAAGUUAUUAGUGACAUCAACGAGCGUUGUCUUUGGUAGAAAAUUGUGAUUUCAAAGGUUUCCUCUUUUAUUUUAUUAUUUUUUUUUGUAACUAUUUUAGAGAAAAUGGAGAAUAAUAGUUAAAAAGCAACAAAGUGCUGUGGGAACACCAAAGAUCCUCAUGAAAAUAAUAAAACAUGCAAAAACAAAAUUGUCCCUUAAGUCAUUUGUGGACCCUUAACAUCCUGUGACAGCUGGAAAAAAAAAUCUCCUGAUCCUCAAUGUGUGUCCACACACACUCAGUACCACCUUCACAGGAAAAGCUGAAAGUAUGGACAUUGAUGUGUUGUUGAAGAAGAACAGGGCUUCUCUGACUUUCAUCUUUUAGGGUAGGAUGUGUCAUUAGAAUGAUUUCCCAUUUUUUAAUGUUACAUAAUAAAGAGAAUCUGUUGCAAUAUGUAGUUUUGGGGCUUGCUAGAAAUUGUGAAGAGAAGAGGUAAAGUUUGUAAAUCCAAUCACAUCAUAGCAGCCGAAAGUUAAAAGGUUGCCAUUUGCUUUGUCUGUAUCAUUUUAUAAGCUCCUGAAUCAUUUUGCUGUGAAAGUCAACAUUUUUUUCAUAUCUUGUGCUGGUUGUAUUCUAAAAUGCAGAGGCAAAACCUUAAUUGUGACUUCAGCAAUAAUGUGAACCUUGAGCUGAGCCACUAAUGCUCGACUAGCCCCAGGUCUUAGCUGUGCAUGGUGCUGAACUGCUAUGUGGUGUAGCUCUGGAACUGGCUGCAUCAGAACAAGGGCUAUUGUCAGAGAAUCCAUAGGUGUGAUUGGGAAGGCACAGACAGACGAGAACACAUUCGAAACAGCUAAUCUGGGAUCAGACUCGAGAUAAACAAAGCAAGGUUUCUGGUUCAUAACAACUUCAUUAGAUUAAAGGACUGCCAAGAGUUGAAUUGAAUUAGACGUUUCAAGACUAAUGCCCUUUUUACACUGUAACUGGUGCUUACUUGAGGUCAAACAAUUCUGUGGGUGGGAAUACAUUUGUCACCGGUAACUUGGCACGCCUCACAUGCUACGAGACUGAAAUACAGUCAACACACUCCAUGUGCCUGCUGCACAAGAAAUCCUCAUCAUCGGCUGUUUGAAAGACUGCCAGACCAAAAAAAAAAAAAAAAGACUCUGAAAAGUGUGAUAUUGGGGUAUUGCUUGGACAUAUGGCCCUCUGAGGGGCAGCACGAUUAACAUUUUCAAAUUCCUCUUGCUAUAAUAAAUGGGAACGAAUACUUUGUAAUCAACGCCUCAGCCUCCUGUGCGAUUGUUCUGAAUUCUCAGCUCAUUGCCAUUUCUGAAGUCAUUAUAGUCACCAGUUUUGAACUGCUUCGUCAUUGUUUGUAAAAUAAAAAAUUGUGUUUUAAAAUUGGG